CCGAACCCGUUGGUCUCAGUUCUCAGUUCUCACAACUCCGACUUGUCGACCCGUCAGCACAAGGCAUCGACCGAUCGUCGCUCGUCGCUGAGUUUGAUCAACGCUUUGCCGUGAGCAUAUGACCUAAAUUUGAGCGGGGACAGAGAGUUACUCUGUAGCAGGAAAGAUUCCAUGACGAUUCUGGAGCGUAUAGUGAGGACCGCACGAGCGUGGCGAAUAAUUGCAUCGUUCAAACUCAAGGAUCAUUCAAGCACAUCGCGCAGUUUAUAUCCCAGAACUUUUCAGCCUCAAACGGGGUACCUUCAACCACGAUCAGUGUUUAAUGGACGUGAACGUGGCUUUCUAUAUCCAGCAAUCAUUGUCAGUACGUUUGGAGUUGGGGCAAUGGAAAUAGCAUAUGCAGAAGCUGAAGAGUCUGCUGUCACUCCACCACAACCGAAUGACCUUACUACUCAUGCUGAUAUGGAGGAGAUUGCUAAGAGAGAGAGACGGAGAAUUGAACAGUUAAUAAGGAACAAAGGAUUGAAGUAUGGUGCGUGUCCGCGAUUUACUGUUGGAGUUAAAGGCCAAAAGGUCACCAUUAAAUUCCAAGUUCCUUCCAGUUGUGAAGUUUCGCAUCUGGUUGCAAAUAUUGUAUCAAAUCUGGGACUAAAAGUUGAAGAGCGUGCUGGUGGUUCAGAUAUGUUAUUGCGUGCUUGGGACAGUCCAGUUGCUUGGCAACUAACUCUUACUAACCCAAAAACUCAGAGAGAAGCCGGAGGAAAUGAGGGAAUCUCAAUAGAAAUGGAUGCUGAGGAUGGAGAUCUAAGUGUCCUGAUAUUUCAUUCACUUAUUACCUCAGAUAAAACUGAAAUUGAAUUCAUAAAGCAGGGAAGCUUGAGCACCAAAGAGCUUGAUUCUUUGGUUUCUGUUUUACAAUUAGCUGGUGGAAGGUUGGGAGAAAGUAAAUCCUUUGAAAGCAAAUCGAGGGAAGGUUCUACGCAGAUGCCAUCUUCUGAAAAAUCUAUAUCUAGCCUUGAAGCAAUGGGUGUAAAAGUAUAUGGACUUGACGAACCACGUGUUAAUUCCUCUAACAAUGAGAUAUCCUGGGAUAAUAUUGCUGGUUAUGAUCAGCAAAAAGGAGAAAUAGAAGACACAAUAUUGAUGACUCUGCAUAAUCCAGAAUUAUUUGAUGAUAUUGCUCGUGGGACCCGGCACAAGUUUGAAUCAAAUAGACCUCGGGCUGUUCUCUUUGAAGGGCCUCCAGGUACAGGAAAAACAUCUUGUGCUCGUGUAAUUGCAAAUCAAGCGGACGUUCCAUUGGUAUAUGUACCACUUGAGGUUAUCAUGUCAAAGUACUAUGGUGAAAGUGAACGCCUCUUGGGAAAAGUGUUUUCACUGGCUAAUGAGCUUAGUGACGGUGCUAUCAUUUUCCUCGAUGAGGUUGAUUCUUUUGCAAUUACUCGUGACAGUGAAAUGCAUGAAGCUACUCGAAGAGUAUUAUCAGUGUUAUUACGUCAGAUUGAUGGAUUUGAGCAGGACAGGAAAGUGGUUGUAAUUGCUGCCACGAACAGGAAGCAGGACCUUGAUCCCGCUUUAAUUAGUCGGUUUGACUCAAUGAUCACAUUUGGCUUACCUGAUGAGCGGAACCGCCAGGAAAUAGCAUCUCAGUACGCAAAGCAACUAACAAAACCUGAGUUGAACGAGUUUGCAAGAAUUACAGAAGGAAUGUCUGGAAGGGACAUCAGAGAUAUUUGUCAGCAAGCCGAGCGGUCAUGGGCAUCCAAGAUAAUUCGAGGGCAAGUAUCUAAAACUGGAGAACAUGGAAUACUACCACCCCUUCAAGAAUAUAUCGUGUGUGCCAUGAGUAGGCGCAAGGCUUUGCAAACUGUUGACGACAACAAAAUCAAGGACUCCAACUCCCGCACGAAGAAAACCCAAUUAGCUUGAAAUAGUUUUUCCCUUUUUGCUAGGCUUAUUAUACGACAAUAUAGUAGUCUUAGGAUUUAGAUAGAAAUGGAAAUACAUUCAAUAAUUCGAUCAAUACCAUGCUUGUACAGUUGUACUUAAA